AAACAGAGUAAAUGACCAUUAUGGAGCAGAGUCAAAACUCGCAACAUGCCCAGGGACAGAGGCAAAGACAGGAACAAGAGCAGAGGCAACAAGGAUAUACGCCAGCUAAUAUAGAUCAGGUACACUAUCAGCAAUAUCAGCAUUAUCAGCAAUAUCAGCAAUACCAACAACUCCAACAGUACUAUCACUACCAACAGCAACAGCAGACCCAUCAACACCCUGCAGCUGCCUCUGCUGUGACGCCUGUAGCUCUCCCUCCGUCUUAUAGCACGCCGCUCCCCCCAGCUAAAUCGAAGAAUGCCCAUCGUAAAAACAAACAGACCAACCCACUUCCACAAUAUCAAGCUCAAUAUCAAUCCUCAAUGCAAAUAGGUGCUGCAGCUGCCUCUGCUGCAACAGCAGCGUUGCUUUCGUUUGGAUACAAGAGCGCUGAGCCAGCCUCAGACCUAGGGUCCAAUGCAGCGCCAACAACAGCAGCAACGGCAAGCAAUACAUCAAUAGAUAAUCCAAUGAGUCAACAGCAGGAAUGGUACUCAAGUUAUCACACUCCGAGUCUUCGACAGCGGAUGGCUGCCACUAUGACUAUGAAUGCGUCGCACCCAUACUCACAGUUACAGCAAUCUCAAAAGCCGUUUAGGCACCAAAAUAUGAGAUGGAACAAUGGUAAUAAUAACCACAACCAUAAUCACCAUCUGCAUCAACAUCUGCGGAACAACAACAGAAUCAAUAAAAACCAUCAGCGUAGCCGAAAUCAGCACCAAAUAGCAAAUGAGGUAAAAGAAGAGACUACCUUCUCCGCAAAAGAUCCGGACUGCAAAAAGACUUCUGAUGGAUUUCACUGCGACGCAUGCGACAUUACAUUUCAUGAGGAAGCCAAACUUAAGACACAUAUUGCUGCCCACAGAACUUGCCCAGACUGCCAAUACUCAGCAUCGCCGAGCUUUGUGAGCGAACAUCGUAAACUGGCUCAUGGAUCUAAGCAAGGCUUAGGCAUCCCCACCACAUUAACUGCUGGCCCUUUAUCAUCGACACCUUCACAAACAUCGCCAUCAUCAAUACCACUAUCAUCAAUACCACUAUCAUCAAUACCAACAUCAAUACCGACAUUAGCACCUAACGCAUUAAAAACGGAAACUACAACGUCAGCUAAUUGCGUGGGUGACAGAUCUCGCAAGCCCAAGCCUCCCAUAAACCCAGAUCUACUACACCCUCUUGCACCUGUUCUCAAUACCCCAGAGGAAAUUGAAGCAUGGAUUGCUCAACGGCGAAAAGCAUGGCCAACAGAAGCAAACAUUCGUAAGAAGGAGCAAGAGCGUCAGGAGAUGAUUGCUAAAGGGCAGAUAGUAGACGAACCACCAAAGAAGAAUGAUUCUAACAGAAACAGUCGAAAAAAGGACAGGAUCAACAACAACAACAAGCGUCCAAUGCAGCCAGCAGCGGUGAAUGGGGAUCAUGACGAAUCUAUUAAUAAGAAAGCAAGAACCGGGAGCAGUACUGAGGAAAAGACAGAGCCUGCUAAUGGUCUAGUAGCAUAUGUUUCCUCAGCUGAACCCAGUGAAGCCGAAGGUUAUGAGGAUAAUGAUGGGGAUGAUGUGAUGGAUCCUGUAAAAGAUGCUAUCACUUCUAAAGACCCGAAUGCCAUGGGUAAAAUGUUGCUGCCAACCGAGCGAUCAAAACGACCAAAGCGGCCAUGCAAAUACUUUUUGCGUGGUCAUUGUACACGAGGUGACAAAUGUACCUUUUCUCACGAUCCAUCUCUGAAGAACAAGGUUCAAAAGCCCAAUCAGGCUUCGGCCAAGAAGGAAGUAUUCAGAUCACGUCCAUCGCUUCUACAAAUGUUGCUAUCGAGUGAAAUCAAGGAGGAGAAGAACAAGCUACUUGAAGCAAUGCGGUUCAUUGUGGACCGAAACUUCUUUGAGAAGCAGGAACCUGAAGGAGUACUGGUGCAGGAAGUGUAGAUUUUUUUUGUUAAUUAAAAG